AUGUCGUCCUCCCUGGCCUGCUCAAUAUGUUUCAUAGCUAUCACUAUCUCCCUGUCCUUAUCAGAAAACGGGCAUGGAGAUAAGUAUAAACUUGGAAUAGUGGCUGUGUCGUUCUUCUUUGCUUUCUUUGCAAGCUUCGGUAUGGGAGUACUUGGUGUCCCAUGGCUAUACCCAACGGAGAUAAAUGCCCUGGAAAUGAGGACUAAAGGGGCGUCUCUGGCUAUGGCUACAAACUGGAUUAUGAUCACCCUCCCUGGGAUUGAAAAUCUAGGUUGGAGAUUCUGGAUUAUAUGGGCAGUGAUAUGCUUUUCAUUCAUCCCGAUCACGUACCUUUUUUAUCCAGAGACAGCAAAUCGAACGCUGGAAGAUAUUGAUCGGUAUUUCGAGGCGAAUAGGGGUAUAAUUGUUGCAUUUAAUAAAAGUAAGGCUUUCCCUGUUUUAAUCAAAUACCUCUAUGCUAAUUCUAUUCCCUUAGCUGCCACCCAACUCAGUCGCCCCGAUGAAUACAUUCGUAUGGAUGAAGAGAUCUCACAGAGAGACACAGUAGAGAAAUCAAGUGCAUCUACUAGCAUGCGAAACCGACAAUCCGAAGAAAAGAUUAGUCAAGCAUAG